AUUGAGCUCUAUGCGAGCUGCAGCUCGAAAGAUUUGAAGAUGCACGGAACGAUGCAGAAGACGCGCUAAAUCUUGACGGGAAGAAUUUAAAAAACUACCGCAUCCUGUCAGAUGCUCUGACGAAACUCGAGCUCCUGGAAGAAGCGUUGGGAGUGUGCCAGCGCGGCUUAGAAGUUGAUCCGCGAAAUGGAGAACUCCUGAUUCGGCAGCGCGAUAUACAGGCGCUAUUUGUUGCUCGUAAAAAUGAUCGACACCCGCGACGAAAUCCGAAGGAAGUGAUGGAGAAAGGAAAUGAAAUGGUUUUCGACGCAGACUGGAAGGAUUUCAUGAAAAAAGAAGCUGAACUGAAUCCGGAUCCUAGAGAUGUUCGUGUGUUAAGCGACGGAGAAUUCAACCAAUAUGGGAAGCUUGUAUCCUUUCUACGCGACGCACACAGCUAUUACCAUGGAGCACGUGGACGUCCAAGGGACCAUAAGCGGGCGUUCCAGCUUUACAAGGAAGCUGCUGACUUGGGAAGCGCUGAAGGCCAGUAUAAUUUGGGGCUUAUGUACGCCAACGGAGAAGGAACAAAUACGGAUUACGCCCUUAUGCUACGAUACUUCAAGCUCGCUGCAGACCAGAAGCCUUUUGUGAAAUGGAAAGGAUAUUACACGCAUGACUUGGGCGUGGCGGAAGCAGAAAAUGCUUUGGGCAACGCCUACCGGGAUGGAAGAGGUGUUGACAUAGACAUGUCUGCAGCGUUUGCGCACUACACAAAAGCGGCCAGUUGGGACCAACCGGAAGCACAAAAUAACAUGGGGUUCUGUCUGCGGAACGGACUCGGUGUCGCGCAAAAUCCUGAGUUCGCCCGGAACUGGUUCCAGCGCGCAGCCAAACACGGCAUUGCGGAAGCACAGAUGAACUACGCAGAAAUGCUGGAAAACGGUGCGGGUGGGCCACGCGACGAAAGCACCGCGUUCGAGUAUUUUGAGAAGGCCGCAAAGCAAGGAAUGCCUGGCGCACUUGAAGCCUUGCACCAGAUGUCCAUGAAUGGGUCAGCCAACCAAACCCAGAAAGCUGCCGUCAGCGACUUAAUACAAAGCUCGACAGAUAAAAAGGAUGUUAACGCACUGUACUUUAAAGGAAGCAGGAAAAAUGAACUGCGUGAAUAUGACGAAGCGGUCGCCAUCUGGAGAGAAGCUGCCGACCUGGGGCAUUUGAAGUCGCAAAUCGCGUUAUGGAAAAUACUUUUAAACAAGUUGUACAGAAACACCGAUGCGUUUUUCUACUGCACCAAAGCGAGCGAAGCUGGUGACGUUGAAUCACAGAUUACUCUUGCUACACUUUAUGCAAAAGGCAUUGGUUGCGCCCACGAUGCUAAUGCAGCUAGAAGAUGGCUUCAACGCGUAAUGCACCGGAUUCCAAAGGGCUCGACCAACGCCAUUUCUAAGGAAGAAUUCGAGAAAAAUGUUGAAAUAGGUGCAAAAGUGUGCGCAUACGAGGCAAAGAAUGCCUUGAUUAGUGAACGCAUACGGUGGGAGGACAGGUUCCACCGCUAUCUUCUGGGCGAGCAUAGUUCAAAGCUAGACCCGAAACAAAAGAACCAGGCAGCUCAAUACUUUCAGAGUAUGCGGAAACUACGCGAACGACCGGAUCCGCUGCCCUUUGCCAUGGGCGCCCGCUUCCAUGAGGACGAUAUGUAUGCCGUUAUAAUUGCCGCUGAAUCCGGCUCAACCGUUGCGCAGAAUGUAGUCAAAGCCAGGAUGAUCACUGUGGAGGCUCUGCAGGCGUGGGAAAUUGGGAAUUACGAACGAGCCUUCUCGCUACUACGAAAUUCGCAGCGCUAUCACGACAUUGUGGAAUUUCAUGAUCCUGAAAUGGUGGCGUACAUUGAGGACAAUGCUAUUAAUACCGCGGAUGCCAUGUUCGUCCGAGCCUGUCACUUUGGUAACGAUAUUCAAGGCGCUCUGUCUUAUGUAACGCGCUGCAUCCGUCUGCAUCCCAUGGAAGCCGAUUUUCAUCAACUUCUAUCGCACCUAUAUGGCUUUGCUGGCCGUUACGACGACUCACUGAGAAGUGCACAACGCAGUUACGAAUUGGAAAAGCGACCCAACUGGCUCUACACGAUUGCUACGGCGAUGCGGAUGAGUUUGAAACCCUCGAGUAAAGCAUCAAAAGCUGCGAUAUCGACGAAAGAAAGGGAAAACGUGAUCAAGGCUUAUCAGCAAUACUUGGAUGAGAAUGCUAGUGAAGACCGUAAGGUUCCUGCAGCUUUAUUCUCUAUGGCUGCCUUGCAUUUAAGAAUUAACGAGUCCAACAAUGUGGCGACAGUGAAAGAAUACUACAAAAGAGCGUGCGAUGCGGACGCACGUCGUUUGCCAUGUUUUGCAGCUGUCGAUGAGGGCUUUCCCUGUCGGCAUAUUGUCAAGAUGUUUCUUGACUUAUUCGAUAGUGAGGAUCAGAAAAAGCGUUCCCUUGACACCAAAGCCGGAGACAAGCUGUUACUGAUGGUCUGUCGUACCUGCGGCGACGCAAGUCCUCGCUACAAAUGCGUCCGAUGUCACAAGGCGGCGUACUGCAGCAAAGCGUGCCAGGUUAAAAAUUGGCGCGAACAUAAACAAACGUGUGCCUCUUCGCAAAUUUAAAAUGAACGUUGGAAGAAAGAUAAACAUUUCAUCAUAUCUCUGUAUCUGUACACGCAUGCGGUUAGUUGAAAGGGCGGAACAUCGGGCGUUUAUUUGCGAAAAAUUUCGUAAAGUACUACAAACCAUCGAGCAAGCCCGUAAAUGUCAUAUGACGUACUAA